AUGGAUUCCUCUUAUAAUUUUCAACAAUCUCCUUUAAUUUCGCAAAAUUCUCCUUCAAAUUCUUUAAUGCUUCCGAAUUCACCUCCCUAUUCAACUUCCCCGAUUUCUCCUCCUAAAUCUCCCUUGAUGCCACCGAACUUGCCUCCUAAAUCUCCUUUGAUGCCACCCAACUUGCCUUCAAAGUCUCCAAGUGUACCUCCAAGAUCUCCUUUGAUGCCUCCAACAUCUCCUUACAUGUCUCAAAAUUUGCCUCCAAACUCUCCUUAUAUGCCUCCUGGUUUACCUUCAAAAUCUCCUUAUACUUCUCCUAAUUUGUCUCCGUCAAAUCCGGCAUCAAUUUUCCCAAAAUCUUCUGUAAUAUCAUCUAAUUCAUAUGGGAAAUCAGAUACUAGUCAUUUAACUAUCCUUAUUGAAACUGAAGAGGAAUAUUUGAUUGAUUUGAAAUGUUUAUUACAGCGAGUUACUGCAAGUUGGAAUAAUGAACAUCCACCUCCCAAAAAAUUAGAUGGCAUGUUUUGUUUAAUUGAUAAAAUUUAUAGAGGAAAUCGAGAAUUCUUUCAUAAACUUAAAAAGUUCAAAAAUGAUCCACAAUCAUCACAAAGUCUUGUUGACAUAUUAAUGAAUUGGAUUGAUAAAUUGGAAAAGCCAUAUACAAACUAUUGUCAAGGUUAUGUACGAGGCAUUGAAUCAUUGCCUGAGAUUGAAGGAAAUAUGAAUUUGCAACAAACGCUAAAUCGUCAGCUUAGGAAUUCGGAUCCUGGAAGUUCGGAUAGUAUGAAUUUUACGGAUGCAAUUAAACGCAUUGAUCUACUUAUUGAUGUAGAAAAACGAACCAAGAACUCUCAAAGCUCAAACAAUGUUUUACCAGUAUCGCCAACCCAUCAACCUUUAUCACUGUUAGAUAAUUCUCAUAAUGACGUGGAAAAGCGAGCCAGGAGCUCGCAAGGUUCAAAAUCAGAUUAUUCUCAAGAAGAUAUAGACUACUCUAAUUCUCCGGAUUCAUCCUACCUGGUACAAAAUGUUCAGACAUUGUCAGAAUUGCAACCUGUUUUGGAUACAACAAAUAUUGAGGAUUUUAUCACAAAUAAACCAAAGCCAAUGAAAAUUGAUCUUCUUCCUCCACGUCUUCCUUUUAAUCGUGAACUAAUUCUUAGCGGCGAAUUUACUAUAGUAUAUGAAAAUGAUGAAUCAGAUAAUUCACCUCAAGUUUCUGUCAAGGCAAAAUUAUUUUUACUGACAGAUCUCUUAUUAAUCUGUCAAAUAUUAAGCCCAGAUGAAAAACAAUUUAACCCUAGUAAAGAUUAUUGUUUAUUAUUUCCACCAUUUAGUGGAAGGCAUUUAUCUAUUAUUGACAACUAUGAUGAAAAAAGAGAAUUGAUUCAAUUAAAUUUUAUGCAAAAAAAGGAUUUAAUAAUUCUGGCAGAGAAUCGUGAACAAAAGGAAAUGUGGUUACAUGAACUUAACACGAUGAUAAACUUUACAAUUCAAGCUGCUAAUUCAAGACCGACGUCAAGACCAACAAAUAUACAUAGUCCUCCACUAAGUGCAUAUUAUCCACCAAAUUUGCAUAGUCCUCCACUAAAUGCACAUUAUCCACAAAGUAUGCAAAGUCCUCCAUUAUUGCAAAGUCCUCCACUAAAUCCUUAUAAUCCACAAGAUAUGACAAGUCCACGACUAUCACCUCAGUAUCAGCUUAGUCCACGACUUUCAGCACCUCAGAAUUCACAAAGUCCUCAGUUAUCAGAACAAACACCACAUGUUAAAAAAAGUCUAAGCACCGGUAAUCUACCGGGAAUUAAUAAACCACCACCUCCAACGGGACAGCAUAUGUCACAACCCCCAUCUAAUUAUGGGCAAAAUGAAUUAAAUGUUACACAGUAUGAAAGGUUUCCACGAACAGCAUCAAUUCGGUCUGAACGUUUAAGAGAAGUAGAGCAGAAGGUUAUGAGAUUAAUGGAAGCAAAGUGUAAAGUAUUCUUGCAAAAGGAUCAUGGAGUUUGGAAAAAUUAUGGAUGGGGAGAUUUAAAAUUAGAUUUAGAAUCACCAUCUCGAAAUAAAAGAAUUAUUAUUGACGUAGAUAAACCAAAAAUGUCAAGAUUUGUAGAUGCAAUUGUUUCUGAAUCAGGAGUUCAAAAAACAGGAAAAUGUAAAGUAGCAAUUACAGUAACAAAUGAGGGUUCUCCUAUACCAAGUAUUUAUAUGAUGCAAUUGAAGGAUGAUAAUUCUGCCAAAAAGUUAUAUGAUUAUAUAAAAAAUAGAUCAUAA